CGUUUCUAUCAAAACAUCUUCUACCUCUACUUCCAUCCCACAUCUGAAUAAAAAUUAUGGCCGUCAGAACAGCAUUCGAAAAUAGUUCAGAUAUUGGUGUUUUCUCAAAGUUAACGAAUAGUUACUGCCUUACUGCACUCGGUUCUACCAACUUCUACUCUUCCUUCGAAGCUGAAUUAGCGGAUGUCAUCCCAGUCAUACACACUUCAAUAGCAGGUACAAGAAUCAUUGGUAGAUUGACAGCUGGAAAUAAGAACGGUUUACUCGUACCUUCUACAACUACAGAUCAAGAGUUGCAACACUUGAGAAACUCACUCCCAGAUAGCGUUAAGAUACAAAGAGUUGAAGAGAGACUAUCAGCUUUAGGUAAUGUUAUCACAUGUAAUGACUACGUCGCACUCGUUCAUCCGGAUAUCGACUCUGAAACUGAAGAAAUUAUCGCUGACGUUUUGGGUGUUGAAGUUUUUAGACAAACUGUAGCGGAGAACGUUUUGGUUGGUAGUUAUUGCUCUUUAUCAAAUCAAGGUGGUUUAGUUCAUCCAAAGACUUCUAUACAAGAUCAAGAUGAAUUGUCUUCACUUUUGCAAGUCCCUCUAGCAGCAGGUACUAUAAACAGAGGUAGCGACGUUUUAGGCGCUGGUUUAGUCGUUAAUGAUUGGAUUGCCUUCACUGGUCAAGACACUACAUCUACAGAAAUUUCUGUUAUUGAAGCUAUAUUCAAAUUACAAGGACAAGAAUCAACAGCCGUCGUUAACGAUCUUAGAGAUACUAUCAUUGAUCAAUACUCUUAAGAAGUAUUGUUUUAAUAAAAUUUUUACAUUUUUACCUGCUUUUUAGAAAAUGUUGCAUGAUUUU